UUCUGACAUAUGAAUUUGAUUAAUCCUUGUAACAGCACUCGGCUGAUUUGCUUGCGGCACAAUUUAGCUCACUGAUGACACGUGAGGGAUGUCAUAUGGAAGAUCAUUUACAAAUAAAACCCACACGUAUGAGUUUUAUGUCAAGCGGCCCACCUAGUAGUGGAGUUUCACCAAAUAAUAAUUCAGGAGCUGAUAUGCAGCAGUAUGCCGAAGCAGUUUCUGGUCAGGCAAUAUCCAACGAAGUUGCAAAGCCAAGUAAUGGUUUAAAUUCAUCACAGAAUCUUCUAGCAAGCACCAGGAUGCUUCCUCCUGGAAACCCUCAUGCUGUACAGAUGUCUCAAGGACUCAUGUCCGGAGUUUCAAUGCCUCUGAGGCCACAGCAGCUUGACCCACAACAAUCAGUUCAGUCACAGCAACCACAGCAACAACAGCAACCUCCAAACCAUCACCCCUUGAUGCAGCAGCCACAACAACAGUUUCAGAGAUCAAUAAUGCUUGGGCCAAAUUCAGUCUCAAACUUGAAUGCAAACAUGCAAUUGGGUAUGGUCAACAACAAACCGUCAGCCGUCCAACUUCAGAUGUUGCAGCCACAACAGCAACAGCAACAACAACAACAGACACAAAUGCAAAGGAAACUGAUGAUGGGACUUAGCCCUACUGUAGGUAUGGGAAACAUGGGAAAUAACAUGGUUGGGCUUGGAGGCUUGAGCAAUGCUAUGAGUAUGGGAAGUGCAAGGGGAUUAGGAGGAACGGGAAUGUCAGCACCCAUGGCCUCAAUAUCUAGUAUGGGUAAUGUGGCUCCAAAUUCUAUGAAUCUUAACCAAGCAGCAAACAUCAGCAAUGUUAUUAGCCAGCAACUUCGAUCUGGAAAAAUAACUCCACAACAAGCAGCAUUAAUGGCAUCAAAACUCAAGAGUCAAAGAAUUUUGGGGCCCCCUCAAUCUAGCAUAGCUGUUGUUUCACCAUCUCAAGUUGGCUCACCCUCAACCAUGGAGAUAACACAGUUAACGGGAAUGUCAGCACCAAUGGCCCCAAUAUCUAGUAUGGGUAAUGUGGCUCCAAAUUCUAUGAAUCUUAGCCAAGCAGCAAACAUCAGCAAGCAACUCCGAUAUGGAAAAAUAACUCCAUGUUGA